AUGGAGGGCGAGGCUGGUGGUGAUGGCGGUGGCUUGGCUCGCCGGCGCCACGGAAGCCAUGCGGCAGGAACAGCUUCUUGAGGAAUCGGACAAGUUCAUCGGCUAUGAUGAACUGGUGGAUGCCACUGACAGGUUUAGCAUCACAGGCGUCAGGAACUACAGCGAGCUCCUCUUCGAUCCAACUAACUUCCAGAUCGUCGUUGGCGCCAGGGACCACGUGUUUCGGCUGAGCAUGGUCGGCCUGCAGGUGCUGGAGGCGUCGGACUGGGCGGCGAACAAGAGCACGGUGGAGAUGUGCACGCUGAAGGGCCAGAGCCAGGAGGCGUGCCACAACUUCGUCAGAGUCCUGCACCUUCACCGGGGAAGAGUGCUCGUCUGUGGCACCAACGCCUUCAGCCCCCUGUGCACCUGGAGGAGAUUAUCAAACAUUCAUCAUAUCGAGUCAUGGGACAAGGGCGUGGCCAGAUGCCCUUUCAACCCCACCCACAGCGUGACGUCACUGCUUACAAUCGAAGGUGAUCUGUAUGUGGGAACGCCCACCGAUUUCUCAGGUCGAGAUUCAGCCUUCAUGCGCUCGAUGGGCCCGGGAGAGGGCCUGCGGACACACCAGUACGACCUGAAGUGGCUUUCCGAACCCAGCUUCAUCACCUCAUUCGAGUCGUCCGGCUUCGUCUACUUCAUCUUCAGGGAAAGCGCGGUCGAGUACCUGAACUGCGGGAAGCGCGCACUCUCGAGGAUCGGACGCGUGUGCAAGAAUGACUCGGGAGGGAUGCGUGUUCUCAAGGAUAACUGGACGACGUUCCUGAAGGCGCGCCUCACGUGCACGGUGCCCGGAGACUUCCCCUUCUCGUACGAUUAUGUCCAGAGUCUCACCUACCUGCCGAGGGAACAGAUGCUCUACGGGGUCUUUUCGACGGCAGAGAACAGCAUUGUAGGCUCAGCCGUGUGCGUGUAUACCAUGAGCGCAGUCAACGCCUCCUUCGACGGGCCGUUCAAGUACCAGCCGUCGCCUUCGUCGGCGUGGGUGCCCGAGAUGGCAGACCAUCAGCACUUCCGGUGCGAGGGCUCCGGCACCAGCACGGAGGCCGAUUUCGCGGCUGACAAGUUCCAGCUGAUGGAUAAGCCUGUUAUGCCGAGAAGCGCUGACCCUCUCUAUAUUCUGAAUGGAGAAAGACUAACUCACGUGGCUGUGGACGUGGUGGCUACGCGCCUCAGUGGCAGCAUCCACGUGGUGUUUGUGGCCGGAGAAGAAGGCCUUAUACGCAAAAUGAGCGUCGUCCCUGAUACAGAACACACCUGUCUACUAGAAGUCCUUUCUCCGUUCCCGCAGAAUUCUACUAUGAUUAUACAUACACUCAAAUUCCUCAAGGAUACUAAUUCACUCUACGUAGGCACAGAUAGUGAGGUGAUCCGUGUGCCAGUACAUAGAUGUGGCAGAUACAAAACGAAGGCUGCGUGCUUGGCCGCGAAGGACCCCUAUUGUGGCUGGGACACCAACAGGCUGGAGUGCUCUCCCCCUCCUGGCAAGAACCCCUUCGUGCCUUCGUGGGUGCAGGAGGUGAUAGAAUGUCCUCAAACUACAGAUCCAGUUGACGGAGGAUGGAGCCGCUGGUCGUCGUGGUCUCCAUGCAAGCAGUCCGGCUCCAGCGACCCGUGCAUGUGUCGCCACCGAGUGUGUGACUCUCCGCGCCCGGCCCGUGGAGGCGCCGAGUGUGUUGGUGCCAAGACAGAGGUCUCCAACUGCACGGUGCACGGUGGAUGGACUGCCUGGUCGUCUUGGUCCCAGUGUUCCGCAACGUGUGGCAUCGCCGUCAAGACGCGCCGCAGAACGUGCUCCAACCCGGAGCCGAAAAACGGUGGUCGCGUCUGCGUGGGGCAAGAGCGCACAGAAAUCUACUGCCACACCCUCCCGCACUGCCCUUCUUACACGGCCCUCCCUGUGGACGGUGGCUGGGGCGAGUGGGGAUCUUGGAGCAGAUGUACCGCUACCUGCGGAACUGGAAUCCGGAGAAGAAAGCGUUCCUGCACCAGGCCCGUUCCCAAGAAUGGAGGCGCUUCUUGCACAGGGUGCGGGGAAGACGUCGAGACCUGUGGGGACUGGUCUUGCCCGGAGACCAGGAAGCUCUCAUCGUGGACCCCGUGGCUAGCACUCAAUGCUUCAGGGGACACGAGCAUCCAGAAGCGGUAUAGGAUCGAGUGCAUAGCCACAGGGGACCGUGAUAAUCCUCUCCGCACAGGCAGUCUGCGUCAGGAGGAGCGUGUCUGCGCCCAUGGCCGUUGUUACAAUUCGCACGACUCUAUCGACAGUAGCGGAGGAUGGUCGGACUGGGGCGAAUGGACCAAGUGCGACGAGCCCUGCGACGGCGGCAGGCAGUACCGCCACCGCACGUGCACCAGCGGCACGUGCACAGGGACCUCCACUUUAGAGAGGACCUGUAAUGAGCAUGCCUGCAGUGGGCUGUGGACGUGCUGGAGUGAGUGGAGUUCUUGCUCUUCUCCCUGUGGACCCGGAACCCGGCAGAGGACACGGCGUUGUGCCGCCUCACAUAACGCCUUUGUGGAUGCUUCAGACUGCAUUGGGUUGCACACCAGUCAGGAACCCUGUGAACAAGUGCCAUGUGAAGGUGAGGAGGGGUGGGGCCCGUGGGCGCAAUGGUCUUCCUGCAGGGACGGGGAAGAGAGGGUCCGUCGACGCCAUUGCCUGUCCGACCAGCCCAGUCAGUGUCGCGGCCUUGACCAACAACGGCAGUCAUGCCAGGAACUUGAUGCUGACAUUACAGUUGUGGAGGCAGCUGUGUUGAGUGCCAGUGGAGAAUCCAGUUCAGGCGGAGUAUCAGUGCAAACACUCGUAGGAUCCUGCCUGGCAUGCCUGCUGCUGGGCGCCCUCCUAGGGUCCCUUGCGACGUACCACGUCUGUGUCCGACGGCGACGCAGAAGAGUGCCGUCGUCCCCUCACUACAUAUCAGCCAAACCGAACCACUACGUGAGCGUCCCUGGAGCGGACUGGAAGGGGGACCAGUCGCCCGCGAGCACGCUCAAAAACGGCAGCAUCAAGAAUGGCCUGCGGGCAGCCAUCACGACGCUGCCUCUGAAGGAGUUCGACACGGCCACCAUCAAGAGGUCAAGCCAUGGCUCCUACGGCAACGGCCACCUCAGAGCCGACCUUGACUCUGAUACCAUUUUUAACUUCUAACGGAAAUGACUUGCCACGUCUUCAGUCGUACUUGGUGCUAGAGGGCCUCUGCAAAGGCCGCCUCUCCCCUUAUGUGCUUAUGACACAACACCUUAUUGUGAUAUUUGCUGUAAUACUUAAGUAAUGCUGUGAGCUAGUGUGGUAUCCUGCUUGUGAAUGGGGACUAUACUGCAUUAUUUGCAUGUAUGAGUGUAUAUAUACAUAUAUGUGUGGAUAUAUCCCUAUACAUGCAGUAUCUAUAUGUGUGUCGAUGUAUUUAUAUAUGUAGAUGUGUGUGUUUGUGUGUGUGUGCGUAUGUGUAUGG